AGAUGGGAUCUUACAACGCAAACGACCUUCAGUGUCAGCCCGUUGUUACACAGAUUUAACAUGAAAAGUUAGAGUUUUAGACACUGGGAGGACUGGGACUAUUGGAAACUGGGGCAACACAUUUCCCGUCUGACCUGCCAAGAGAUUAUAAAAGGUCUGGAGGACCCAUGGUGGAAUUAGAUCUGUGCUGAGAACGGGAUGUCGACACUGACUUCAGACAGCAGCGUUGGAGAUGCCAGCAGUCGCAGCUUCUGGAUGCCUGGGAACUACCAUCCCACUGUGAAGCGAACAGAAGACGCCUUCCAGGCCUGCAAUGACAUCGUGGCGUGUUUCCAAGAGAGAGCUCGUGUGGAGAGGCAGUACGCCCAGCAGCUCAGUGAGUGGAGCAACAAGUGGAAGCCAGUCGUGGACUCCAGUCCGCUGUACGGCUCAAUCCUGAAGGCGUGGCAGUGUUUUCUGUCCACGGCGGACCGGCUGGCCUCCUUGCACGCCUCCAUCUGUCGCUCCCUGGUGGCAGAGGAUGGAGACCGGGUCAGGACCUGGCAGAAGGACACCUUCCACAAGAAGUUGUUCGGAGGCUUCAAGGAGUCCCAGGACAUUGAGACGGGCUUCACACGUGCUCAGAAGCCGUGGGCCAAACGACUUAAAAAGCUGGAUAAAGUCAGGAGAGCGUACCACAAAGUGAGCCGCAAGGAGCAGGCGGCCCGGGAGCGAGACGUAUACGCUGAGGGAAACCCGGACGUCGCCAUCGACAAACAGAAGAAGAUCCAAGAGGAGAGAGAACUGGCUCAACAGGAGGCCGAGAAGGUUCGUGGCCGCUAUGAAAAAGUCCUGGAGGAGGUGAACCGCUACGCUCCACGCUACAUGGAAGAGAUGGAGUCCAUUUUUGACCAAUCGCAGGACGAGGAGCGAAAGAGGAUCGUCUUCCUCAAACAGGCCUUUUUCUCCAUCCACAAGCACCUGGACAUUACCAACAAUGAGAGUGUGAGGGCCGAGUACAAUGAGCUCCACAACACAUUGAUGGCCAUCGAUGAGCAUGAGGACCUUCGCUGGUGGAAAAAUACCAAUGGGCCCGGCAUGCCCACCGACUGGCCUCACUUCCAGGAAUGGAUGCCCGAAAAGAAAACAAAAAAAGGGAAGAAAGAAGUCGAAAAGAAAGGAACAAUAGAGAGGAGUGUGAUUAUUGGAGGAGUGAGAGUGAGAGCUAUGUAUGAUUAUGUCGGCAUGGAGACAGAUGAGCUGUCAUUUAAAGCAGCUGAGGAGUUUUUGAAGAUAGAGGACGAGGACGAUCAGGGCUGGUGUCGGGGGAUGAAGGACGACGGGUGUGAGGGGCUUUACCCCGCCAACUACGUGGAGGUGGUGUAGUUCAGGCGUCUAGACCACAUGCUGAGUUUCACUGUGGAAACCACAACCUGGUUUAACGUCUAAACGUCAGAAACAUAAAGUCAAUGCUGGAAAGAGAAACACCAAGUAGCUGUUAGCCAAAUAGCUGGUCUGUGAUGAGAGUAUGAUCACACUUAAAGAUGAUAUUUUAGCAUACAGAGAUGUUUAAAAAACUAUCCAGGUUGUGUAAUCUCUUGAAGGAUUUUGAGAAAUGUUUUAAUAUAUACAGUAUGCAUAGAUCACUUGUACUAAAGCCAUAUAAUAAGCAAUGCUUUAAUAUAAAAUAAAGUGCUCUUAAGGUAUAUAUGUAGUUAUUUGGUGCUGACAUUGCUUUACUGGACUGCUAUUGUCCUGGAUCUAUUUUUAUUUCUUCACAACCUCAACACAUUGCUAUUAAAAUGCUCACAAAGCCUCUCAACAUAUGAAGAAAGUAACUCGAAUACUGUGAUUCUAAUUAACCUAAAAGCCCACGUGGAGUUAGCUCGGUAGAAGAAGAUAACCACAAGGCCUGUAUUUCUCUUCGGUACAGGAACGGUUUGACAUUUUUAGGAAUAUGGUUUGCUCAAAUAAAAAACACAAUGAGAUGGGAAGAUUUAUUUUAUUGUCCUCUCUGUGUGUGUCAGGUGUAGGGGGGAACACACAUUCCAGAAACUAUAUCAUGUUUACAUAAAGUGGCAAUAAUCAAUAUAUCGGCAACUUGUAUUAUGACACUUGUGUGAAACGUUUGACAUGUGACGAGCCCGUAGAACAAUAUCCCCCAGCUAUGCAGUUCGCUCUACGGAUAAGAGGCCAAAAGAUAACUGCAGUGUCAAGCCUUACUCGUCAUUAUUAAAUUACUUGCGUAGUGUAAAGCACGAGAAAGUCCGUAAGGUUUUUAGACCGUUUUUUGUUUCCUCUGAGAAACAAUGUUGACUUAUUCCACCUUAGUUUUGUAAGGUUAUUUUCUAAAUACAUUUUUUUUUCCAAAGCACAAUCUUUUCCUAACGCUAACCAAGUAGUUUUGUUGCAUGAAAACUAAGUAAACCUAAGUUUGAUAUUUGUAAAAGAGCCUGUAUGCAUGUGAUGAGCGUAUAUUGACACGCUGUCCCCGACACAUACAACGCUUCAGGUAGAGCGUCACAGUUUAAAGCGGAGUUGGGAGUGAGAAUGUGCUGUUCUUGGAUAUCUCUGCUCAUUGUUUUGGAUUUCUGGCCCGCCACCUUUGUGGUUGAGCCUCACUGCUCUUAUCAGUGUUGUGUUCAGCCCCAGCAGGCAGCUGUUCUCGACAGCUCUGCAUACUUUGGGAUGGAUAAGGCUCAGAAAGAAGAGUGGGGUUGCACCAUUACUUGCAGAGUGGGUGGUUCAAUCCCACACUGAAUCUCAAAAUUGCUACUGAUAGUCAGACCACAUGCCUUGCAUGGCAUCUCCACCACCAUCAAGUUGUGUGAAUGAGAGGCACACUUUAAAGCAUUUUGCCCAUUACAGUAGAAAGGUGCGAUAUAAGUGCAGUCCAUUUAUCUUUUUUGUGUCAGGCGAAGAGUUUCGAACGUCUUAUGGUCAAAAUCAUUUUCAUUUUAGGAUCAUCUAAGCAUUGAGAGGUCUAUUCAUGAACCAUACAUAAAGCUAUUUCUGCACAGAAGGUGUAGAAAUAUUGCUCUUCUUCAUCACCAUCUCAGUUUGACACCAAACAUUCAUAUUUCGUAGCAUGUCAGACUGUUCCAUUAAAAUAAGUAUUGAGGAAGAAAUAGUUUUCCUAUCUGUAUUCAUCUGUUGAUAUUGUGGUAUGUGUGUAUUAUCAUGGAGGGCAUCUUUACCAAAGUAAGGACGCUGCUGGGGUUGUGUUCCCCUUCGUCCUUCGCCUUCUUCAGUACCUGUGUAUGUUCCGUGUGUCUUGUAAAAGCUAUGCAUUUGCAAUUGUCUUUUGGAAAUAAAAUUUUAAACUUUC